GUUUACUAAGAUACGACGUCAAUAGCGACAUAACAACAAACGGUAUUACUCAAGAAAUACACAACAAGCUUUGAAAAUAUAACCAUAAUUAUGUUUCACCUAUCAGCUUCGAAGUUAGAAAGCCUGUUAGCGAGCCAGACCAAUCAGUUUAUGGCUUACAUUGGAGCCGGGGAUUUUAACUAUCAGACCCGAGACAUUACAAAUGUUCACUACAGAGAGCGCAGAUCAGUUGCAGAGAAAUCAGAACUCAGACAGUGCAAAACGUUCUCCACACAGACAAACGUACCACAGACCUCAGCCAGACGAGAACAUUUCAACGUUGGCGCAAUUUCUCCUCCACAACAAAAGACUGCCAAUGAUUUGUUUGACAGCUGUAAACUUUCCAAUAUAACAGGUCCCCAGUGGACAACUUGGAGGAAACAGAGGUCAGUAGCUCGAAUCUACCGCAGACGUACACGAUUACCACCAUCGCCUAGUGAGCCAGAAGCAGAACUCUACAUGGACAUACACGAGGAGAGAAUGGAGGGACUUUCUUACAUGUUUGAAGUGGCUCCUAUGUCUACUUCAUCAUGAUUAUGUUUAUAUAU